AUGGAAAACCAGAGCUAUGCAGAGAAAGUAUUGGAAUUGGAGGAAGAAUGUCCCAACGUGGCUGCCGAGAUGAAGAGGCAAACGAGGUUCCAUAACAAUGAAUACGAUGAGGAAGGUUGUAAAAUGUUAGGAGUACUGUAUCAGAAUAAGCCGAAGGAAAAAGACGUGAAAUUGGAAUUUCCUCACCAGACUCCUACUGCCAAGCCAUGCAUCAUUCUUGCUUGCUUUAGACAAGCCAUCAAUGAACCUAUUUUGUUCUCUUUCUCGUAUGGGAGCAUUGAGGGGAGUAUUGAAGAGGAAAGGAUUCAUGAUCGAUAUCUAGCAGUUGGGUCGGGUGAAGAUUACGCCCACAAAUGUUAUAUGGAGAAGGCAUAUAAGAAAAUCCAUCAGAUGGAUGAUGUUAAUGAGGUCUCAGAAAUUGCUAGGGAAAUAAUCUUAUACUCAAGACUCCGAGACAAGCGCACAAGCAUUAGCGUUCAUGUUCACAGUCUGACCAUAGAUGAAGAGUAUGCAGAAUUGGUUCCUCGAGGUGAGAAUAUUGACCAGUUGAUUGAGAACCAAUAUCAAAUUCUCAAGGAAAUCUAUGAAUGGGAGAAUGAAACAAUAGAGCUGGUGGUUCCUGUCAAUAUCAAGAGGAAGUUUGAUUGA